UGAAGAAGGCCGCAGGUGGUCGCGGCGGCCGCUUGGACAAGCUGAGGACGGCACGAUGGGAGACGAAAUGGACGCCAUGAUCCCUGAGCGGGAGAUGAAGGAUUUUCAGUUUAGAGCAUUGAGGAAGGUGAGAAUCUUCGACACUCCAGAAGAGUUACCCAAGGAGCGCUCAAACCUGCUUGCCAUGUCUAACAAGUAUGGUCUGCUCUUUGCUGGAGGAGCCCGUGGUUUGCAAGUUUUUCCUACUAGAAACCUUCUUAUUCAAAACAAACCUGGAGAUGAUCCCAAUAAAAUAGUUGAUAAAGUCCAAAGCUUGCUGGUUCCUAUGAAAUUCCCAAUCCAUCACCUGGCCCUGAGCUGUGAUAACCUUACGCUGUCUGUGUGCAUGAUGUCCAGUGAAUAUGGCUCCAUUAUCGCCUUUUUUGAUGUUCGCACAUUCUCAAAUGAGGCAAAACAGCAAAAACGCCCAUUUGCCUACCACAAGCUCCAGAAGGAUGCUGGCGGCAUGGUGAUUGAUAUGAAAUGGAACCCUACGGUCCCCUCCAUGGUGGCCGUUUGUGUGGCUGAUGGCAGCAUUGCUGUCCUGCAAGUCACAGAUGCGGUGAAAGUGUGCGCCACUCUCCCUCCCUCAGUGGCAGUUACGUCGGUGUGCUGGAGCCCCAAGGGAAAGCAGCUGGCAGUGGGAAAGCAGAACGGAACUGUGGUGCAGUACCUUCCUACUUUACAAGAAAAAAAAGUCAUCCCUUGUCCUCCAUUUUAUGAGUCAGAUCAUCCUGUCAGAGUUUUAGAUGUGCUCUGGAUCGGUACCUAUGUCUUCACAAUCGUAUAUGCUGCUGCGGAUGGCACCUUGGAAACGUGUCCAGAUGUAGUGAUGGCUCUACUUCCGAAAAAGGAAGAGAAGCACCCAGAGAUAUUUGUCAACUUCAUGGAGCCCUGCUACGGCAGCUGCACUGAACGACAACACCAUUACUACCUCCACUACAUCGAAGAAUGGGAUUUAGUGCUGGCAGCGUCUGCAGCUUCCACAGAAGUUAGUAUCCUCGCUCGCCAGAGUGAUCAGAUUAAUUGGGAAUCUUGGCUACUGGAGGAUUCUAGUCGAGCCGAACUGCCUGUGACAGACAAGAGUGAUGACUCCUUGCCUAUGGGGGUGGCCAUCGAUUAUACCAACCAGGUGGAAAUCGCCAUCAAUGAUGAAAAGACUCUUCCUCCUGCUCCAGUUCUCCUGUUACUUUCAACAGAUGGUGUACUCUGUCCAUUCUAUAUGAUUAAUCAAAAUCCUGGGGUUAGGUCCCUAAUCAGGACCCCGGAGCGGCUCUCAUUAGAAGGGGAGCGACAGCCAAAGUCCUCAGGAAGUACUCCCACCACCCCAACCUCCUGCCAGGCCCCACAGAAACUGGAUGCCUCCGCAGCGGCGGCCCCCUCCUCCCUUGCACCUGUGACCCCUGCUGCUCCCAUUGCCACUUUCCCUUUGUCCUCUGUUGGGGGACCCCCAGCCAUCUUCUCCUUUGGCUCUUCAUCCUUGAAGUCAUCUGCUUCUGUCCCAGGGGAGCCCCCUCCACAUCUCAGCGGCUCUGACAAUUCCAAAGCGGCCCCAGGGCCUGGUGCCCCCACCUUCUCCUUUGCUCCUCCUUCUAAGGCCCCCCUCGCCCCAGCCCCUGCAGCCUCACCCCUGGCCCCAUCGGCUGCCUCCUUCUCCUUCGGAUCAUCGGGUUUUAAGCCCACUUCGGAAAGCACACCAGUGUCAAAUGCGCCUGCUCCCAACUCUGGAAUGAAGCCCUCUUUCUCACCCUCAGCCUCUGCUGUCAAGGUCAACCUGAGCGAAAAGUUCACCGCUGUGGCCUCCAAUGCUCCUGUUCAUAGCUCCUCUAGUGCACCCUCCGUGCUGCCAUUCUCUUCUGCCGCCAAGCCAGCCGCUUCCAGUCUGCUCAGCCACCCUACGCCUCUCCCAGCAUCAUCCAGCUCCUUGCCUUUGAAGUCCUCAGUCUCUCCCUCACCAUCAGGGCGAUCAGCUCAAAGCAGCCCAAGUCCAGUACCCUCAAUGGUUCAGAAAUCUCCUAGGAUUACCCCUCCAGUGGCCAAGGCAAGCUCUCCCCAGGUGAAGUCCCUUCAGCCUCCUGUCACAGAAAAGCAAGGACAUCAGUGGAAAGAGUCAGAUCCUGUGAUGGCUGGAAUCGGAGAGGAGAUCGCCCACUUCCAGAAGGAGCUAGAAGAGUUGAAGGCCCGGACUUCCAAAGCCUGUUUCCAGGUGGGCACUGUGGAGGAGAUGAAGCUGCUGCGGACAGAGUCAGAUGACCUGCACACCUUCCUGCUGGAGAUUAAGGAAACCACAGAGUCCCUCCAUGGAGACAUAAGUACACUGAAGACAACGUUGCUGGAGGGAUUUGCUGGUGUGGAAGAAGCCAGAGAACAGAAUGGACGAAAUCACGACUCUGGAUAUCUCCACCUCCUCUACAAAAGGCCUCUGGAUCCCAAGAGUGAGGCUCAGCUCCAGGAAAUUCGGCGCCUUCAUCAAUACGUAAAAUUUGCGGUCCAGGAUGUGAACGAUGUUCUAGACUUGGAGUGGGAUCGGCAUCUGGAACAAAAGAGAAAACAAAAGCUUGCACCAAAGUGCACAGGCCAGGCUAAACUGUCCCCAGUGAAACAGGCCCAGUUGAGAAACUUCUUGGCCAAGAGGAAGACCCCACCUGUGAGGUCCACAGCUCCAGCCAGCCUGUCUCGCUCAGCCUUCCUGUCUCAGAGAUACUAUGAAGACUUAGAUGAAGUGAGCUCGACCUCCUCCAUCUCCCAGUCUCUGGAGAGCGAAGAUGCCCGGGUGCUCUGCAAGGACGAGGAGGCGGUGGUCCAGGUCCCUCGGCACGCGCCCGUGGUCCGCACCCCUUCUAUCCAGCCCAGCCUCUUGCCCCAGAUGACUCCUUUUGCCAAGUCUCAUCUGGCCCAUGGCGCCUCCCCUGCCGCCAUGGGAACUUCCAUGUCUACAUCCACCAGCAAAAUCAUUCCUCAGGGGGCAGACAGCACGAUGCUGGCGACGAAAACUGUGAAGCACGGCGCCCCCGGCCCUUCCCACCCCAUCGCUGCCCCCCAGGCAGCCGCCGCUGCAGCCCUGAGACGCCAGAUGGCCAGUCAGGCGCCAGCUGUGAGCACUUUGACUGAAUCCACUUUGAAGACUGUCCCUCAAGUGGUGAACGUGCAGGAGUUGAAGAGUACCCCUGCAGUCCCGUCUGCAGCCCUGGGUUCUCCGGUGCCGUGCUCCACAGCUAAAGCUCCUCACCCAGUGCUAGCCCCCGUGGCUGCCAGCCAGGCCAAGCAGGGCUCUCUGAUACCUUCCCUAAAGCCGUCAGGUUCCAUGCCAUCACCCGGUCACUUGUCCUCUGGUGACAAAGCCUCAGGGCCAGCCAAGACAGAAGCAGCUGUGAGCUCCACGCCGUCUGCCGCGGGACACUUCAGCAAGCCUUUCUCCUUCACUCCCUCUGGAGCUGGCUUUAAUUUUGGGAUAAUUGCACCAACACCGUCUUCUAAUUUCACUGCCACCCAAGCGGUGACACCAGCCACCAAAGAGUCAAACCAGCUGGAGACGUUGUCGUUGGGCGGGGGAGGCCAGCCUUUCUACGAGCCCAUCCCAGAGGGCUCUUCCCCUGCCGAAGCCGAGUCCUCGGCGUCCAGCAGCAGGCCAGCCGCCCCACCCGGGGCCACCCUGGCCGCCACCACCUCCUCCAGCAAGCUGGAGACGCCGUCCAAGUGGGGAGAGCUGCUGUUCCCAAGCUCUGCAUCUGGGGAGACGCUCGGCAGCUUCUCGGGCCUGCGGGUGGGCCAGGCCGAGGACUCUGCCAAGCCACCCAGUAAGGCUUCGCCCGCCAGCCUGUCUGGUGGCCAGCCAGCCAAGCCCAGCGUGUCCUCGGGCUUCAGCUUCCCGGGCUCUGCGGCAUUAGGGAAGCCUGCCGAGCCCCCUGCCACCUCCGCGCCCACCAGCACUACGGCGCCCAGCACCAGCGCCAGCGGUUCCUCCACUGCGGUCUUUGGCAGUCUCAGCAGCACGGGACCUGCUGGGGUGGCCAGUUUUGGGGGGAUGUCUCUGGGCAGCAGCAAGUCUAGCUUUUCAUUUGGAAGCCCGCAGACCAGUAACCCAAGCUCAUUGCCUGCCCCCCUGCCAGCCUCCUCGGCCCCUGCCCUCCCAGCGCCCUUCCCCACCCUGUCCUUCAGCAGCCUCCUGAGCUCGCCCGCUGCUUCCCCCCUGCCUGGGUCUUCUGGAAAGAGCCCUGAAGAGCCCCAGGCAUCGGCUGCACCUGAGAAGUCAGGCCACGGUGAGGCCUCUGCGCCCAUAGCCUCACUCCCAGCACAGCCCGCAGCGGCCCAGCCUCAGCCUCCGCCUCCGCCGCCGGCCUCCGACACCAGUAAAAAAGAACCCGUGCUCACACAGCCGGCAAUCGGGAGUCCCGGCACCACGGCAUCUGCCGCCAGCCACACGGCCCCCUCUGCCGAGGCCACCCCAGCGGCCGUGGGGAGCCCCGACGUCAAGACGGAGGCAGCCUCUCCCGCCUCCACCUUCGCCGCCCCCACACAGGCCGCCGUGGGAGCAGCUCCGCUCCCUGCUGCUGGCCCGGGGGCUGUCGAAGCUGCAGGCGCCCCUACCAGCAGCAGCACCGUGCCCAGCACCGCCCCAGGCCCUACCACAGACACAGCAGUGUUUGGCAAUGUCACUUCGGGCUCCUCAGUCUUCACCCCGCCACCCGCUGUCAGCUCGGCGUUCAGCCAGCUCUCCAGCAGCACGGCCUCUGCCCCCGCGGCCAGCCCAGUGUUUGGUCAGGUGGCGGCCAGCACCGCACCAAGCCUAUUCGGGCAGCAGACGGGCAGCAUCGCCAGCACUGCCGCCACCACACCACAGGCCAGCAGCCCAGGGUUUGGCAGCCCUGCCUUCGGCACUUCUGCUUCCGGGGCCUUUGGACAGGCGACAUUUGGCCAGGCCCCGGCCUUUGGACAGGCCACGAGCAGCUCGGCAGGCGGCUUCUCCUUCAACCAGCCUGGGUUCGGUUCUGGGCCCGCCUUUGGCCAGGCCGUGUCCUCCACCCCCUCGUCCACCACGGGAAAUGUCUUCGGAGCUUCCUCGAGCGCCAGCAGCUCUGGCUCCUUCUCAUUCGGACAGUCUUCUACCAACACGGGCGGGGGGCUGUUUGGCCAGAGCAACGCUCCCGCGUUCGGCCAGAGCCCCAGCUUUGGGCAGGGAGGCACAGUGUUCGGCAGCACCUCGGCCACCACGUCCACAGCGGCACUCUCGGGGUUUAGCUUCUGUCAAGCUUCAGGUUUCGGAUCUAGUAACACUGGUUCUGUGUUUGGUCAAGCCGCCAAUACUGGUGGAACAGUCUUUGGCCAGCAGUCCCCCACUUCCAGCGGGAGCGUGUUCGGGUCUGGAAACGCUGGGAGAGGAGGAGGCUUCUUCAGCGGCCUUGGAGGAAAACCCAGCCAGGACGCAGCCAACAAAAACCCGUUCAGCUCGGCCAGCGGGAGCUUUGGAUCUACAGCCACCCCAAAUACCUCCAACCUGUUUGGAAACAGCGGGGCGAAGACCUUCGGCGGGUUCGGCAGCUCAUCGUUUGGAGAGCAGAAGCCGGCCGGCACGUUCAGCUCUGGAGGCGGAAGUGUGGCGUCCCAGGGCUUCGGCUUCUCCACACCCAGUAAAACAGGUGGCUUCGGUGCUGCUCCAGUGUUUGGCAGCCCUCCUACUUUCGGGGGAUCCCCUGGGUUUGGAGGGGUGCCAGCAUUCGGUUCAGCCCCAGCCUUUACAAGCCCUCUGGGCUCGACGGGAGGCAAAGUGUUCGGAGAGGGCACUGCGGCCGCCAGCGCGGGAGGAUUCGGGUUCGGGAGCAGCAACAACACCACGUCGUUCGGCACGCUGGCCAGCCAGAACACGCCCUCCUUCGGAUCGCUGUCCCAGCAGACGCCAGGGUUUGGGGCCCAGAGUGGCAGCUUCUCCGGGUUUGGAUCGGGCUCUGGAGGCUUCACCUUCGGAUCAUCCAACUCGUCUGCCCAGGGCUUCGGCGGCUGGAGAAGCUGAGCGCCCAUCGCCUCCAGUUCUGCGACUGGCUGCGGGCACCAUGGAACAGUCUG